GGAAGCAUCGAAUUGUACCAACGUUCGUAGCCUUUCCACGUCCCUCUGUUUUUUCUUAGAGUUCAAGUUUUUCUCUCCUGCAUAAAUCAAACAAAGGCAUUGCCUUGGUGGAGCUUAGGUUUUUCAACACUCUGCCUUCUUUCCUGGUAUUUAGCUGUGAUCAAGAUUGCAGCUUAAUCCUGUCUCUGAGAAUUGCAACUUCCAUGGUUUAGCUGUGCAUUGAUGGAACACAACAACAGUAGAGUGGGGGAGAACAGUUCUUCCCAUUGCAAUAACACGAAGAACCCGGAUAGCCAUAGAAUUUGUUCUAGUAGAGAUCCCAUGCCUGGGACUGGGAGUGACCUUUGGAAAAAUGAGCUUAUUUGUGCUUUUGAGUUUAUCCGAAGCCGGAAGAAAAUAAUUAGUUCAAAACCUGGUUCAAAAAACCUGACUAAACAACAAAUAGAUGGUGAGCAAGAGAGGGUGCGUGUUCCUUCUUACGGAUUUUCUGAUUCUCCAUCCCAAAUGGAAGAUAGGAGCCAGCAAUCAGGCCAAGUUCAGGAUAUGGAAAGGUUUGAGGGUGGUCAUUGGGUUCCAAUUGGGUGGGAUAGGAUUUCGGAAAUUGUACAAACUGUGCAAGCUGUUUCUUGCUUCCAUUUCGAUGUGCAAGAUCUGUACAUUAGUAUAUCACUCAGUCACUCACACAGCCACACCCCAAUGGCUCGUAGAAGCCAUUUGUCUUACGAGAUUUGGGAUUCAACAGCUCAUAGAAGCCAUUGUCUUACUAAAAGUUCAGGUUGUUCAUCUUUGGUUUAUCCUUUCAACAAGAAUAAACGUAGAUAAGUUUUUUAUUAUUAAUUCUAUUAUUAUUUCG